AUGACCAGGAGUUCUGGGAUAUCAGACCUAGUACCUCUUGAUCCUGAACUUGAAAGAACCAUCACACGCCUCCGACGACAGCAAAGACAGAUGGAGAACGACCGAGAUUUUGUUCUUCCUGAUGGUGUCGAAGGCAAUGUUGACUCAACCUUUGCCCAGUACAACACGCCUAAGCACACUGAGCUUUUGGCUGGUAUUCGAUUACUGGCCAUCGACAUGUCUAGUUUCGAGCUGAACCCGUCUACUAUUCAGAUGUUGGGCAGCAAUGCUUUCCGGGGUAGUCCGAACGAGGACCCGAACGCACAUUUAACUCGCUUUAAGAUGAUGUGUCGUUCUAUCAAGAGAGACAACAGGGUGACAGAGGAUACACUUCGCUUAAUUGCUUUUCCCUGGAAUCUCCUGGAUGCUGCUUUGGAAUGGUGUUAUGAUUUGAUACCUGAUUCCAUCCAUACAUGGGAACAGUUGGAAGUGCAGUUUAUGUCAAAAAAUUUCCCAGCUCAUCGCACCCAAGCUGCUCUUUCUGGCAUUCAUUCAUUCAAGCAGGAUCAUGGGGAAAGUCUUUAUGACGCUUGGAAGAGGUACAAGGGAUAUCAAAAGUCUUGCCCUCAUCACGGGCUAGAUAAGAACUACCUGAUCAACACCUUCUUUCGAGGACUCAGGAUGGAUACCAAGACCUUGAUCCGGGCAUCUUCCGGUAGGAGCAUCCAGAACAAGUCAUUCGCUGAGCUAGAAGAACAUAUUGAGAUGAUGGCCCAAGAAGAAGACGCUCCGAAUGAGUACUCUAGAGAUUUGCCCAGGAAAGGCAAUGAUCAAACCAUACAGAUGGUUCUCGAACAAUUGGCUGUCCUCAAUGCUAAGCUCGAAGAUUCCACUCGAUCCUCUAGGACCGAACAUUCGAUGCCAACACAAGAGGAGCUCGGUAUGUACACACUAGAUGAGAGAAUCGAAGUUUUUGCAGAGUCAAGAGAAGACGAAUCAGGAAUUUCGAGCUCAGUUCGCAAGCAUCGAGGCUCAUUUCAAGAACAUAGACAACAGAUUGCUCAACUAGCAUCAGCCAUUCAAAGACCAUCUGGGUCUCUUCCAGGUAACUCUGAGACUAACCCUCGUGCGCAUGUCAAUGCUAUUACCUUGAAAAGUGGUAAGCAGGUAGAUUCUGGAGAUCCACCGAUGGUUGAGCAAGGCGAUAGCUCGAGAACCAUAGUUUUAGACACUACUGAUGAUACACCUGAGCCAGCUUAUAUACCUCCUCCUCCUAGACCACCACCAGUACCGUUUCCAUCUCGCCUGAGGAAGCACAACGAAGACAGCCAAUUUGCGAAGUUCGUUGAGAUGCUGAAGAAACUCGAGUACUUCAAGGACAUUCUGACCAAGAAGAGGGUUGCUGAGAAAGAAACUAUGGCGCUUGCUGCCGAAUGCAGUGCUUUGAUCCAACAUGAGCUCCCGCUUAAGCGGUCUGAUCCAGGUAGCUUUUCAAUCCCUUGUAAAUUGGGUAAUGUUUCCAUCGAUCGUGCACUCUGUGAUUUAGGAGCUGGCGUCAGUCUUCUUCCGUCAUCGAUUUUCAAGAAGCUGAAUGUGGGUGAGCUGAAACCCACUAGAAUGACUCUCCGACUUGCCGAUCGUUCUAUCAAAUACCCCACUGGGAUACUCGAGGAUGUGCCGCUGAAAGUCGGGAAUUUCUAUAUCCCGGUUGACUUUGUGGUUCUCGACAUGGAUGAAGAUUCUAAGGUACCUAUCAUCCUUGGCCGUCCAUUCCUUAACACUGCAGAUGCUGUUAUCCAUGUUAGAGCAGGUACACUAACAAUGAAGAUUGGAGAUGAGACGGUGGAGUUCACUAUGGACAAAAAUCUAAAACAACCGUCAUCAACAGAAUCCGCUUGCUUCAUAAACACACUCGACAAUUCAGCUCAGAAGUAUGAACCGAUCGUUUCGGGCUAG